CACUUACGUCAACCUCCGACGGAACAGGCCAUUGAAUUUUUGAACGAUACUCCAGAGAUCGACAGGACUCUGCCAACAGUCCCGUUCUGACUCAGCCAUCCCUGAACCUCAACCCCUUCGUCCAGUACAGUCCCGGAGAUGACAACAUCUUCGCCAACGACGACAUCUCCGUCAACGAGGACAUCGAGGCAGAGCCAGCCGCUUCAACAGACCCAUUCGGUGGCUUCCGGUCGAACCCGUGGACCACCUUCUUCCAGUGGAAUCCAAUACCAAAACAAAAGAUAUGCUAAUCAGUAGGUUGGAAACAUAUGCACGUGACAUCCAUUCACAUAAUUUGUGAGGAGGACCUGGUAUUUAAACCGAGUUGUAUUUACUGAACACGCGUGUGCUAGAGUAACCAUAUACAUGUUAGUACAGUACUACUGUGACAGUACUACUGUGACAAAACAUGACGACCGAGAACCUGACAAAAGUCAAGGUAAAGAUUAACAUCAGAGGUGUCCGAUUUGAAACGAGAUGUUCUACCUUAAGGUUCUUUCCGAAAUCCUUGUUGGCAUCCCUUAAUCAUAAUUCAGAAUACUGGGACGAGGAAAAUGACGAGUAUUUCUUUGAAAGGGAUCCGGAUAUUUUUAACUCAAUAUUAAAUCUAUAUACAAUGCACGAGCUCCAUGUGCCGAAGAAUAUUUGCGGUACAGUAUUCCGGAAAGAAAUGGAAUUUUGGAAGAUUCCCGUAUCUUGUAUUUCCGAAUGUUGUUGGAAAGCCUACUACGAAAUUGACGACACUACAGAAGUAAUGGAAAAUUUAAGGAAAGCAAACAGUGUAAAUGGACUUAAGAUGAAGGAAGAUGAGAUUGAUGAAAUUAAUCGGGACAGUAUCCGCUACAAGAUAUGGCUAGCCCUGGAAAACCCCAAGUCUUCCAAGGCCGCUCUGAUAUGGAACUCUAUCUACAUGCUUGUGGUCAGUGCAAGUACGCUGGUGUUCUUCAUGGCGUCCAUGGCCGAAUACAGAAGCGACCUCUACCUCUCAGUGCUUCAUCCGGAGCUCGUCAAUUAUAGCAUACCAUCCGAGAAGCUCCGAAUCUACUACAUGAAGGACAUGGACCCGAGUCUGUUCGUGGUGGAGUUUAUGUGUAUGAUCAUUUUCACGGUGGAACUUGUUCUAAGUUGUGUACUAUGUCCGUGUCGUAGGAAACUUAUGUGUAGUCCUAUGAAGUUAAUUUCCUCCGUUCUCGUCCUCAGUAUGUGGUUAACAUUUGCUUUUGAAUUCUACAAAGGUGAAAUGAUAGAAUCUCAGAGCACUGCCAUAUUUUUUAUGAUUGUCCGAUUCUUCACUGUAUUGCGAGUUCUUUUAUUUUUACGGCUGCAGAAACAGUUUAGCGCUUUCCGUGUGUUACUUUAUGCCAUCAAAGCAAGUCUGAAAGAAUUGUUUCUCUUGUGUAUAACAUUUGGUGUCGCUACUGUCAUCUUUGCGUGUGCUAUAUUCUAUGCAGAGAUAUUUGAUGACGGUACGUAUGACAAUCUGUUCAUUGCGAUGUGGUGGGCUAUCAUAACUAUGACGACGGUUGGCUAUGGCGAUUUCUUCCCAACUACAGCCAUGGGUUACGUCGUGGGGGUCCUCUGUGCAGUAAGUGGACUGUUGUUGUUGGCAAUGCCCGUUGCAAUAAUUGCUUCCAAUUUCGCGGAUUACUAUACACACAAUAAAAAUAGAAUGAGGUAUUUGAACUCAAUUCGAGAAGAAAGGAAAUUUGUCACGAACGGAAAAUACGGAUUUAAUAAAAUCACAAGCGUAGCGCCCACAUUGAUGUACGAUGACAAAGAACAGAGGGAUUAAGACAGGUUGCUAUCUAGAGUUUGAACUCGUACUGUAUAUUUGCUACUGUUUGAUUCGUAAUGAAAUAUAUGAUGAUCGCAGUUCAAUGAUUUGAUGCCAAAUAAAAUAAUAAUUGCAAAUUAUUGCUGUUGAAUAUAUACAUGUAUAUGUGCUAUACGAGUUUAAUGCAUUUCUGAGAUAACGACUGCUUUUGUGAUAAUAUAAGUUAAUAUUAGUUAAACACAGACUAUGCUAUUUAAUGCUGUACAUUAAGAGCCAUAUAAAGAGCUGACACUUAUGUUCUAGUACAGAAAGUAUCUCUAUUAUAGCUACGUACAUGUUUAUAUCACAGUACAUGUACAUGUGAUAUACAUGUAGGAAUGAAGUAGAUGUUCCGAUGUACAGGUACGUGCAUAUACAUAUAUAUAUAUAUAUAUAUAUAUAACAUUAAUUGUUGCAUGUGUAAUAAAUGCUCCUAUGGAGACACUGUGGUUAUAUUUGAAUGUGCAGAAAAUGUUCUUGUCAACAUAUAACAAUAAUUGGUACGUGUGUAAUGGAUAUUCCUGUAUAUAUUACACCAAUUGUUGCGCAUAUAGUAAAUUCUCCUGAAGAUACUACAAUAGUUAUUUGCAUAUAUAGGAAAUGAUCCUGCUUCCCUCGUAUAUACACAAGUACUGUGAAAUCACUACUUUUCGUGGGGUUUUUAAUUUCGUUAAUUUCGUUGAUUUUGUGGGUUAUUUUCAUCCACAGAUUCAUAGGUCCACAAAGCCAAAACAAAUUUGAUAUAGAGAAACUCCGUUUGAGUGGGUACUCGUAAUCCAUGAAUUCAUGUACAAACAAAAUAGUAUUUUGACGUUAUACCAUGAAAUUUAGACCCCUCGAAAGUAUCUGAUUUCACGGUAUUACAUUGUCUGCCAAUGAACACUCGUGCAAGGUACUGUUGCUCUAUAACCAUUCAUACACCAAAAUCCUAUACAUUUCAA